CCAACGGGUCACCUGUCCAGCAAGAGCAAGAGCAAGAGCUGGCAAGUUGAAGUGGCAACACUGGAGAGCGUAGUAGAGCAGCGCCGCCGCCAUCUUGUGCCGCAGCUGUGUUAGCGACGGUGUUUUCCCUGCCCCGAGGCUCAUGUCGCCCAGGCCAUCGCCGUAAGAAGGAGGAAGAUGUCUGUGCACUACAAGUUUAAGUCGGCGGUGGAGUAUGACACUCUGCCUGUGGACGGCGUGAGCAUCAGCCUUGAGGACCUGAAGGAGGCCAUCAUCCAGCAGAAGAGGCUGGGGCGUGGGCAGCCUUAUGAUCUGCAGAUCACCAAUGCUGAGACCAAGGAAGUGUACACCAAUGACAAGACCCUGAUUCCUAAGAACUCAUCCCUCAUCGUCGCCAGAGUGCCCAUCGACCCUGCCCAGAUGAAGAAACCAUGGGACAACAAGGAAUCAACUGCUCUGCUUCUUUCCAACCCGUCAAACUUGAUGAACACAGAAGAUGCUGCUGAGGCUGCCCAAGUUGACAGAAAAAUCAAGGAGCUGACGGAUCUGACUCGCAUGGAUGGCAGUGAGGAUGACAAGAUCAGUGCCAUGGUGGCUCAGUCGACCAUGGCCUACCACCCUUCAAAGUACUUGAAGCUUCGAGUCAGCAAGACGAUGGGUACCGUGCCUCUGGACUACAAGUGCUACAAGUGUCACCAGAGUGGCCAUUGGGUCAACAUGUGCCCUCUCAAUCAUCAAGACCUGCGCAAGAGUACCGGCAUCCCAUCAAAGUUCCUGGUGGAGGUCAGUGACCCCAGCAUCCCAGGUGUCAUGAUCAACUCCUCCGGCAAAUUUGUUCGCCUGCUCGACAUGGAGGUGGCGUCUCAGGAGAAGGUGCAGCCGCCCCCAGACAGGCCUCCCCCACCCCAGGAGAUAGUGUGUCUGCUGUGCAAAGAGCUCCUCAGGGAUGCUGUGCUCAUCUCUUGUUGUGCUGCUGCUUUCUGUGAUGACUGUAUUCGAAGUCAUCUGGUGGAUUCCGAGGAGAUGCGAUGCCCCACGUGUCACAGUGAAGGCAUCAGCCCAGACACCCUGAUCCCUAACCGCUACCUCCGCAUCAAGACCAAGGCCUAUGCCUGUGGAUGGCUGGGUGUUGAAAAGCGACCUGAGAAGAAUACCUCCGAGGCCCUUUCGUCCUUCCCUCCAUACAUGGUGAACCUCAACACACCGACCCCUCCCAGAAGCCCCCUGCGGUCUGUCAGCCCUGCCACCUCAUCCAGUCAGGCUGAGCAGCUCCAGCCAUCUUGUGCACAGCAACCAGGCACCCCUAGAACUGCUUCUCCUGACAACCUGAAGGAGAAUGGUAAUGUGGACUCGGACAAAGAAAAUACAGUGCUGGAGCCUGGCGAUUUUGAAGAAGAGUCUAUUGAUGUGAGCAGAGAGAUGGAGGAAUCAGCAGAGACACAAAAGGAAAGUGUAGAGGAGGGAGAACCUUACCCAGAGGAUGCAGAAGGGCUCAUGCAAGAACAGCAUCACAUGUCACUGCCCGAACCUCUUAUGUCCGAGCCUGUUGUGGAAACAGAUGUCAAACAACGGAAGGGUAAGAAGAAGAAGAAGCGGAAAGCAAGCCGUCACGAGUCUGAGGAGGAGAGGGAAGGGAAGGAAGGACGAAGGAAAAAAGACCGACGACACUCACACAAGAGCCAAGAAGGAAAGCUUAGUGGCAGCAGCGGUGGGGAAAAGGAGUUGCUUCACGACGUACAUUCAACACUGGAUUCUGAGGUGAAGGGAGAAGCUGUUGAGGGAGGAGCCAUGGAAGUCAAAGAUGCUUGGGGUUCUGAGAAGGCAGAGCAGGAUCCCCAUAGGAGUAGAAGCAGGAGCAGGAGCAUUGACAGAGACAGAGACAGAGACAGAGACAGAGACAGGGACAGAGACAGGGGUCGGGACAGAAGGGAGACGGAAGUGCCUACAAAUCGCUAUGAUGUCCUGCAGUUUGACCCGCGAGUGCCUCCCCCAACGACCUUCAUUCAGUCACCCCCGAAAGACCCGUUCUACCAAGUACCUCCCUUUGUGUCAACAGCAUCAGUCAGCCACACGGUUCCCCUGGCUCCAGCUACCAGCUCACAGUAUCCCAUCUACACCCCGGGCGGCACAUUCGGCUCAGCACAGCCCCAUCCCAGCACAUCCUCCCUGGCAUCUGUUAGAGAGGCACCUCAUCCUCCUCCUCCAGCCUCCCGCCUCCCCACAGGGUCACCAGACCUCUCAGUCCCUCCUCCUUCGUACAUCAAGCCCCCAGGAGCGUACACAGCGCCUCAUGUGAUGCCUUUUGAGCCCAUCGAUGACCCUCUCACUCUCUUCAACAAACAUCUGCAAGAGAAAGACGAGCAGCGGGCACGCAGGGCACGCAAGAGCCGGUCCCGGUCUCCUCAUUCCCGGUCACCUCUCCACCGCUACCACCCAAGAGGCCGGUCUUCACGUCGGUCCUGGACUCGGUCAAGGUCUCGCUCCCCGUCAAGGUCUGUCUCCAGAGGUCGCCUGGGUGGUGGUGGCACUCGGUCGCCACGCUCGCCCAUCCGGCACCGCUGGAGUCGGUCACCUCAACCCCGCGGCCACAGCUCCUACCACUCCCAGCGGUCACCCUCAUUCAAUAGAGAACGCUCCCCGUCUAACCACUCCCUUUCUCUAAGCAGGAGCCCAAGCCCCAGCCAGCGUAUCAAGUCUCCCCUGCAGGUGCGGCCAUUGUCGUCACUGCCGCCACGCUCGCCCGCGAGGCCCCAUGUGGAGUAUGGCGGCCCAAGGGAGUUUGACAGGUUUGCCCCAUCCUCUCAUCCGCCCGAGGAAUACUCAUCCUAUCCUCCACCUGGGGCAUCAUGGGACCCACACUCGUGGUACAACCAGUCGUCACACAAGAACUUCCACGGGGACUUGAGCGAUGGACAGGGGAGGGCCAAUCGAGGGCAGCGCGGAAGGGAGAGGGGCGGCAUGCGACAAGGCGACUUUGGGUACGACCAGCACAGUCAGGAGGGUCGGUACCCUUAUGACAGGCCCCAGCCCCAUGUUGAACCUCAGAGGGGGCUGAUGGGAGCUGCCCCACACUGGGAGAGAGACUCAUUUGACUAUGACAAGGAUAAACCAUGGAUGGAUAGAGGUGCAAGGCUACCACUGGAGCCUGAACGGAGGUACUAUGGUGAAAUGCACAAACUUCCUUGGGAGUUUGACGAUCCAAGGGGAAGGCGAGAGUGCUUGGAUAACAUCCGAAGACAUGGUGAGCCAUCAGGGCAUAAGGGCCUCGAGGAUGAAUGGUCAAGGUAUCCUAACGUGGAGCGGAAGAAAUUUGAGGAGGAAGAGGCAAGGCGGAGAAACUUCCGAUCACAUGGGGACUUUGACAAUCCUAACAGACCUGACACGGACCCCUUUGACGACUUCAAACGCUUCCCCCAGCAGCGAAAAGAUGACGGGAGGAGAGAUGAAGGUCUGAGAAAAGAUUCCGAGUUACGCAGGAACCCAGAGCCCCAUAGGAAAGAUGUAGAAGCCAGGCUUGGGCGCCUUGAAGGAAAACGGGUGGAUGAGUGGGACGUGAAGUCUAAAGCAAGUUCACGCCACAGGGAGCUCCAGGAAGAGUCCAUUGCAUACCAUUGUAAGUCCCACGACUCCCCCAGCAAGAACUUCAACAAGUCGCCAAUGAGGGACCGGAAGGACAAGGACCCAGAGAGGAAGGAAAAGGAUGUGGAGAAGAGGGAGAAAGAUGGAGACCGGAGGGAAAAGGAAGGAGAUAGGAGGGAGAAGGAUAUGGACAGAAGAGAAAAAGAAGGAGAAAGAGAUAAGGACAGUGACAAGAGGGAAAAGGAUGUGGAGAGAAGAGAGAAAGAUGCAGACAGACGAGACAAAUUCAGCGACAGACGGGAUAAAGAGUCUGACAGACGGGACAAAGAUAUGGAGAAGCGAGAUAAGGAAAUGGACAGGAGAGACAAAGAUGGAAAAGAGAGGGACUUAGACAGAAAAGACAUCCACAAAAGAGACAGAGAGGGUGGAGAUGGUGGGAGAAAGGACUCUUACCGAAGAGAGAGAGAUGCCAGCGAUCGGAGAGACAAAGAAAGUGACAGGAAAUCCCGGGAUGUUGAUAGAAGAGAUCGGGACGGAGAGAAGAGAGAUAGAGACCUGGAUAGGAGGGAUAGAGAUUCACAGAAGAGAGACCAUGAGAGGAAAGAAAAGGGUGAUGGCGACAGAUACACAAAAGACGAUGCCAGGAAAGAGAGAGAGAGCCGGAGGGAAAGGGACGGGGAGAGAACCCGUACCUCCAGGUGGGAGAGAUCAGAUGCCAAGGCUGAUAGAGAGAAGGAGAUGGAGAAGAUAAGAAGUGACAAGUCUAAAGAUGGCAUCCAAGGGAAGGAGAGCAGAGGAAAAAGCAAUGAAAAGGAAGAGAAGCGCAAAACCCGGCAGAAAGAAGAGAGGCUAGAUGGCCAGAGCCACAAGAGCAAUAGCCGAGACACUAAAGAGGAGGAUGGAAAGCUGGAAAAAAGGAAGCACGAACGCAAGAAGAAGAAGAAGGAGAAGCGAAGGGCAUCUCAAGCCUCCACUGAACUUAGCCAAGCUGAACUCUCAGGAGAUGAGGUGGAGGACAAGAAGAGAAGGAAGAAGAAGGAGAAGAAGAAGAAGCUUAGGGGUGAUGCAAAGAAAGAUUCCGAAGAGACAGCUAAACCUCCAGAAGAAGGAAACAGUCAGACAGAUACGGACCCUGUUGAUGCAUCAUUCACACAAGAGUUAGAACCUACAGAGCUUACCAUGCAGAACCCUGGCACAACCUUGUCUGAACCCGAGGUGCCAGAGAGUAACACAACGCCAGAAAAGAUGUUCCCACCUGUCCCUCUGCCCCAGCUGUCAAAAUGGGAGAGAGAUGAGGAUGCUUCCCACAGCCCCAGCAGCAGCACGGUGGCAGAAAACACCGAGCCGGAGGAGGAGCGAAAGGUAACUGUGGACAUCUUGAAGAGAGCCGAAAACGCCUUGUUCUCAGGACGAGGUUUGGUGUCUCGUAAGGUGUUCCUUGAUACUCAGAAGCAGCGAGAUGAUGAACGGAGUCCCACGCCAGACUGGGACCGCUCAGAACUACGCGAGGCCAAGAGGAGAGGUCCGUCCAUACAGAUAACAAUUUCCUCAAAAACAGAGUCUCAGAUAGGACGGCCCCGAGCAGGGAGGAUCGAAGUAUCGAGUCCAGAGAGGCAAGAUGAGCAGACAGGACGACCCCGAGCAGGGAGGGUUGAAGCAACUAGUCCAGAGAGGCAGGAAGAGAGAAAGUCAACAUCUAGGCUGAAGUGUCUCCCUGAUGAACCAAUGCCUGAGAGAAACUCAAAAGAAGACAAGGAGGUUCCUAGUACUUCUGAUUCUGACUUAACCAAAAGCCGAAAGAAGACUGAGAAGGAGGAUGCAUCACGCCCCGAACCUGGAAGAAAUGAAAGCAGCGAACCACAACCAGUCAUAGAAGAGGAUUCAACUCCAUCAGUUCUUGAGGAUCUAACUAAGGCAGAUACAGAACCAAAUGAAAGCAUUCAGCCUCAUGUUUCUACAGAGCCUCCAGAAAGUGUGAACAUGGAUGGAGAGCCAAAGGGACUGAAGAGAGAACUAUCAAUGGAAGAAUUUAUGGAAACCAAGAGACUAAAGGGAAAUGAAGAGGCAGCUGUGAAUAGUGAUGAGACCGUUGCAAGACCAGAUGACCAAAUUGUGAGUGGAGCAAAUAAUGAAAGUAUCGGCAAUGAAAGUGAGUCACUCAUAACAGAACCAGACAAUGACUUAAAAAGCUCUGCACCAUUAACUUCUCCACCUCAACCUUCCAUAGAAGAUAAUAUAGAGUUGUCUGCAGCAGAUACAAUCAAGCCAGAUGAAGGAUCUGAAGGGAGGCAGAAUGUUGUCGCCGGCAUGCAAACUCCAGAUGGUGAGGGGACAGAUGACAUGGAAGCAUCUGACUUUGACCCACACAGUAAUAUCUCUAGAGAGGAAGAGGAUGCAGAAGAGCAAGUGAAAGAGGAGGAGCAGAGGGCAGAAGGAGAGAAGGAUGUGGAGACUGAAGGGACAGAAGAACAGGAAGUGAAGAAGAAAUACUCCCCCAUACGUGUUCCCUCGCCCGCACCAAGCAAAGCCUCCAAAGAGAAAGUGAAAGAGAAGGUACGAAAGCGCAAAAAGCGAAAGAAAUCCCUCAGCAUUAGCUCCAGUAACAGCAGCUCCAGUUCCUCCUCCAGCAGUAGCAGUAGCAGUAGCAGUGAAGAUGAGGAGAUUGCAAGGAAAAAGAGACGAAAGAAGAAGAAGAAGAAGCGAAUGGUGAACAGUGACUCGAGUGAUGCAGAACUGAAGAGCAAACACAAGAAGAGGAAAAAGGAGAAAGAGAAGAAAAAGAAGAAGAAGAAAGAGAAAAGAAAGAAAGCAGAUAAACAAAAGUGAGGAAGGAGUACUAAGGCAGAGGUGAAUGGUGAAGUGAUGCCAAGCCAAGGAGCAAACACAUCAAGAGGAAGGAAAGAGAAGAGGAAGAAGAAAAAGAGAAAAGUUGAAUUAACAAAGAUGACAACCCUCAAAUGCCAAAGCAUUGUUGUCUUCAAUAUUUUCAUAAUUAAUUUUUAUGUUGUAGAUAAACAUAAUGAUGUAUAUUUUUAAAGAGAAGGAGAAAUUUUAAGUAACAUUUAUGAAACUGAGUUUGUUCUUCUGUAUGAUGUGGAAUAGAUUUGUCUGCUAAAAGACCAAAUUUUUUUUUUUAGCCUUUACUUCUAUUCUAUUUAUAGUUAUAACAUCAUCAGGGAUUGUACUCAUUGACAAGUAACCAAAGGGCACACAAAGUACACUUCAAGAUCCAUUGUGAAGGUCAAUAAAGUGAAUGUGAAUUUCAUUAAA